UCGGUUAGCGGGAGCUAACACCAAACGGCUAACGAAGCUAACUGAGCUAACACAGACGACCCAACUAAUUUUUUAAAUCUUAAUCCAGUCUAACCGCGCUGGUCAGCUUUAAAACCUACUGGUAACAGUAACCGAGAAAACUGGUCGAGUGGUGACACCUUUCUGACCACAGUUAGUGACCCAACUCACCUUGGCGCCCGUUUCCUGCUCGCUGCCACCCGAGGACAGCAAUGAGACGCCUUCGUCUGAAGACGAGCACGACCUGUUGGACUUGAACUCUGACCUGACCAUGAAACAGAGCAUCAGUUCGUCCAGGAAGACAAUCAGUCAGAUCAUCAGGGACAAGAAGAAACAAACGCAGCUAACGCUACAGUGGCUGGAGGAGAACUACAUCGUGUGUGAAGGAGUGUGUCUGCCUCGUUGCAUCCUUUAUGCUCACUAUCUGGACUUCUGCAGGAAAGAGAAACUGGAACCCGCAUGUGCUGCUACGUUUGGAAAGACAAUCCGACAAAAGUUUCCUCUUCUGACAACAAGACGACUCGGCACCAGAGGACACUCCAAAUAUCAUUACUAUGGAAUUGGGAUCAAAGAGAGCAGCGCGUAUUAUCACUCCGUGUAUUCAGGUAAAGGUCUGACCAGAUUUUCAGGAAGUAAGCUCAAGAAUGAGGGUGGCUUCACCAGGAAAUACUCUCUGAGCUCUAAAACCGGAACGCUGCUCCCGGACUUCCCCAACGCCCAGCACCUCGUGCUGCAGGGAAAUAUUCCCAGAGAAAAGGUUGACACUCUGAUCAUGAUGUAUAAAACUCACUGCCAGUGCAUCCUGGAUAACGCCAUCAAUAUCAACUUUGAAGAGAUCCAGAAUUUCCUGCUCCACUUCUGGCAGGGAAUGCCCGACCAUCUGCUGCCGCUGCUGGAAAACCCGAUUAUAGUCGACAUCUUCUGCGUCUGUGACUCCAUCCUCUACAAGGUUCUAACUGACGUUUUAAUUCCGGCAACGAUGCAGGAAAUGCCUGAGAGUUUAUUGGCAGACAUAAGGAACUUUGCCAAACACUGGGAACACUGGUUGGCCUCGUCCCUGGAGAACCUCCCAGAAUGCCUUGCAGCGAAGAAGCUCCCCAUCGCACGGCGCUUCGUCUCCUCCCUGAAGAGGCAGACGUCUUUCCUGCACCUGGCGCAGAUUGCCCGGCCGGCUCUUUUCGACCAAACUGUGGUGACCGGCAUGGUUCUGGACAUCGACUGCGUGGACCUCAGCAGCAUCAACUCACAGCCGCUGCUCAGCGCGUCGGCAGCCGCAGACCAGGAAUCGGAUAUUUACUCUGAGUAUGAUUCCAUCAGUGUUUUUCAGGAACUGAAGGAGCUGCUGAGGAAAAAUGCCACAGUUGAGUCGUUCAUUGAGUGGCUGGACUCGGUGGUGGAGCACAAAGUCAUCAAGCCUGGCAAGCAGUGCGGUCGAUCCGUGAAGAAGCGAGCUCAGGACUUCCUCCUCCGGUGGAGCUUCUUUGGUGCCCGGAUCAUGCACAACCUCACGCUCAACAACGCCUCCAGCUUCGGUUCCUUCCACCUGAUCCGGAUGCUGUUAGACGAGUACAUCCUGCUGGCGCUGGAGACGCAGUUCAACAACGACAAGGAGCAGGACCUGCAGAACCUUCUGGAAAAAUACAUGAAAAAUGCAGAUGCCAGUAAAGCUGCGUUCAUGGCGUCGCCCAGUUCCUGUUUCCUGGCGAACCGAAACAAGGCCCCCGCCUCCGUCGACCAAUCGGUGAAGAACGAAUCCUUGGGAGGACACGCCUACAUGCCUCUGUCGACCAAUCAGCAGCAGGAUCUGGAAGCUAAAGCCGUCCUCUAUCAGGGGAACGAUGGUUCCGGCUUCACGUCUUCAGGCGGUCAGAUGGACUUCUCUCAGGUCAGCGGACCCCUCAUGACGCCGCCCAUCUCCCCGGCCGCGCUGGCCCACCGGGGCUCCGUCAUCAACCAGGGGCCCAUGGCGGGGAGGCCCCUGACGCCCUCUUCCUCGUCCUGCUCCUUCUCCUCAUCCUCCUGCCUCUCCUCUCUCAGUGAAAUCACGCAGCCCAGCCCCUGCUCCUCGUACCCGGAGACCCUGUACCACUGCGUGCCGCAGUCCGGCGGGUUUUUUCCCGCCGCCGGCAGCGGGCCCUCGGCUCAGAACUACCAAACUGCUCCCAGGUCUCAGGUCCAGAAUCCCUGCCUGACAGCAAUUCAGACCCAUAAUCCUCCUCUGGGGUGCCAUCUGGCCCGGUACCCGUCCCUGGGCGAUCCGGCCCUGAGCAAGGACGGUUUCUACCCUCUGUCGGUCCAUCACUCCUCUAGCAGUGGCGACUGCUCCCUGACGGCGUACGGCGCCGCGGUCCGCCCGCCUUCCAGAUACACGCCGGGUCCCGAACCGGUCCAGACAGAACCGGGUCUGGAUCAGCAGGCGGCGGCUCAGAUUCUGGACGCGGCAGACGGUUUUGGCUUCAUGGGGCCCGGACUGAACAUCUCUGGCGGCGGCGGCUGUCAGGGGUCGGCGUACGGCGUUCUGGGUCAUGGCGGUUUCUAUGGCAACAGCAGCUUCUUGGGCAGCCAGCGAGUGAAUCCUUUGGUCGAUCAGCACGUGUCCGUCAUCAGCAGCGUGGGAAGCCUUCGCCCGUUCUCCGCAGCGUUCUCCGAGGUCCACGACCCGCUGAACAUCCUGGACGAACCGGGAAGGAAAACAUCAGGAAGCUUCUUCAGCGAGGCAGAAUCUGGAACAGGUCAUCCUCUUCCCGCCUCCGGAUCUGCGACCUGCAUGUUCGGACUUCCGUCUCCGUUCAGCUCCCAGGACGCUCUGACGUCUCUGCAGCGCGGCGGCGCCGCGUCCUCAGAGGUGCAGGACCUGGUUUCCUCGCUGCCGCCCAUCAACACCGUGUUCAUGGGGGGCGCGCAGUGAUCGCACAAACACACAGAAAGAAAUAACUGUUUUAUAACGAACUGCUAUUCUCAUAUUAACUUAUGGAAAAUAACUAAUACACACUGAAAUGAUAUUGAAAAGAACUGCAUAAGUUUCUGUCUCUUCCUGCCUUCUGUGUAUAAAUAAAAUGAGAAGCUGACUGACCGCACAACAUGUGAGAAACGACCCGGAUUGUUUUUGUCGCUGCUGGUUUAGUUCCAGAGACGAAACUAUUUUAAACUGGUAGCUACAGGUAUUAGGAAGAUCCGGGUGUUUAUUUCAUCCUCUAAACUUGCGAAGCAGAACAAAAGGAAGAAAUAUGUAAAUGUUAUUAAAAUGUGUUUUCAGAAGA